AUGCCUUUAUCGUCGACGGAAGCUUUGAGUCGGUUAGCUGGCAGAGACGGAGGAACAUGGUUAGCGAUAGAGGAAUCGAUGGAAGAGUUGGUGAAGAGAGUGAACAUUCCCAUUAACAGCACUACACCUCCGCCUCUUCAGGAUGCGAUCCGGCAAGACCCUUUCCACGCUGCGGGAAAGUAUGGUCUUUUGUUCGUCUAUGUGGGCAUCAUCCUCGUGGUUGUGUCGACGUUAAUGCGCAUGUAUUAUUACUGGGGCGACAAGAUCCGGACUGCUCUGUACAAAGAGGAAUAUAUCAAUUCGGCAUCUGCUACGAGCCCGCCAGGAUUCUCGCCACAGCAAGGCUACUACCCAGGAUAUCACGGUUAUGUCGACAACGAAUUACCGAGUGCCAACACGGAGGGCUCGACGAGGCAUUUCUUCCCGGCCAACGGACCGUUGACAAUGGAGAAGCCCAAGCAACAAGCAGCUAUGUCCGCAAUUGCACCCCUCAACAACACAAUUGCCUUGUUCAGAUGGAUUUUCUACCGACCGGUCCCCGCCCUUCGGAUACGAAGAUACACGUUCACAUUCCCGGCUCUAGGAGUUCUCGUGAUCAUAACUAUCUCUCUGACUGCCUCAGUACUGUACUGCUUCUUACCGAAACCAUUGUUCUACGCCUCGAUGGCCUAUGGAUCACCCCCUCUGGCGGUUCGAGCGGGAAUGAUGUCCGUCUCCCUGCUACCCUGGGUUGUCGUCUUGGCUACCAAAGCAAACCCCAUCUCAUUUUUGACAGGAAUUGGGCACGAGCGACUGAUCGUUCUUCAUCGGUGGACGGCUUAUCUCUGCACAGCCCUUGCAAUCAUCCAUGCCGUCCCAUACUGGUACCAGUCUGUAUCGGAUCCUGAUGGCUUUGCGACGUUCAAGCUGUAUUUCCGCCAGCGAUACUACAUCUUCACCACUGGCAUUGCGGCUAUCGCACCCCUGCUCUUCCUCACCCUCCAUUCACUUCCAUUUCUUCGAGCAAGGAUGUACGAACUUUUUGUCCUUCUCCACAUCCCCGUCGCGUGGGCCUUCAUUGGUCUACUUUUCUGGCAUUGCCACAACUAUCUUACCUCCUGGGCAUAUCUUUACUCAACAGUGGUGUUGAUGGCCGUCUCCCUGUUCGCCCGUCUCUUCUUCGUGAACUGGAUGAAUCCUCUGCGGGCCUCAUGGCUCAUUGGAGAAGAGUCUGCCGUUACAAUUUUGCCUGAAAACGCCAUCAAGGUCACAAUUCCGACGCAGAAGAGAUGGCGCCCGGGCCAGUAUGUGUACUUGAGAAUGCCCGGUAUCGCUGUGCUGGAGAAUCACCCCUUCACGAUUGCCUCUCUGUGCAGUCAGGAUUUCCCCUCCGAAUAUGGCGAACAAUACAGAGACAUGACCUUAGUGUUCAGACCAUUCAGCGGUUUCACUCGCAAGGUCCUCGACACCUGCCUCAAGAAAGGUCCUUACAAGACAUACCGUGCUUUCAUCGAGGGACCAUAUGGAGGCAUGCAGCGACAAAUGGCCUCAUUCGAUCAAGUGGUCUUUUUCGCCGGAGGAAGUGGCAUCACUGCCAUCGCAAGCCAGCUCCUCGACUUGAUCAAGCGCAUGCGCGACGGCAAGGCCACCACCUCGAAAGUCCACGUCGUUUGGGCAAUGAAGCGGCCAGAUAUUAUGGAGUGGUUCAAAGAGGAGCUACGAAUCUGUAGAGAAUGUGCUCCGCCCGGAUCAGUCCAAUGCCACUUCUUCAUCACCGCAGCAAGGCGCCAUGUCCCCGUACCAGUGCCUGCACCCAGAGAACACCGGCUCAGUGGGAUCCGUGAUAAAGUAACCGACGCAAUCCACAGUGUCGGAGCCGGAAGCAGACGCAACUCGGCGAUGGCAAUGGAGCCCGAGUCGGAACUCAAGCGAGAGUGUGAUGAUACCAUCACCGCCCUGCCACAGGCAUACCUCGCACCGCCACGCCAUCCUACAGCACCUCUUGGUGCGAACCCUAAUGAGACAUACUACCCGCCGCCUCCGCCCAAGGAGCAUCGCGUGUCAACUCUAUCCCAAGCCCAAAUCGACGCCACCCGCACCUUUGAUUUCGGCUUCCCACAGACCCCGACCAAGUUCCAGAAGAACUUGAUGCGCUUCGCCUUCCUCCCCACCAACGUCACUUCACAGCGUCGAGACGGCUGGCGGACGGAAUACGGACGCCCUGACAUUCCUUACAUGCUCAAAGGGCUGAGUAAGGAGUUUGGUCGACGCACCUGCGUCUAUGUCUGUGGCCCGCCGGAGAUGAGAACAGAUGUCUCGAACACGGUUGCGAAGCUUCAGAGCGAGGUCUGGAGCGAUAGUGGGAAGGAUGAGAUCUUUCUUCACGCCGAAAAUUAUGCCCUUUAG